CCACGGUGGCAACGACAACCCACGACGAGCAUCCAAAAUAAGUACUACUUUUUGUCCCUCACGCAAACCAGUUGAUCGUAUCCUUCUUCUUUGAAAGCAUAAUCAUUCACUAGGGUUUCUCGGUAAACAACCUCCGAUCUCUCAACAACCCAGGCGGUUCUUGUUUUCGUAUAAAAUGGGCGCCAUGAUAUCGAGAUUUUGGUUCAUGCUGUUCCCUGCGAAGGAGUACAAGAUUGUGGUAGUUGGACUGGAUAAUGCAGGAAAGACCACAACCCUUUACAAAUUACACUUGGGUGAGGUUGUCACUACGCACCCUACUGUUGGGAGCAACGUCGAAGAGCUCGUCUAUAAGAACAUUCGAUUCGAGGUGUGGGAUCUUGGUGGACAAGAAAGGCUCAGGACAUCAUGGGCAACUUAUUAUCGUGGAACUCAUGCAAUUAUUGCGGUGAUAGAUAGCACUGAUAGAGCCAGGAUCUCUAUAAUGAAGGACGAACUCUUUAGGUUGCUGGGACAUGAGGAUCUACAACAUUCUGUCAUACUAAUUUUUGCAAACAAACAGGACCUCAAGGAUGCAAUGACCCCAGCUGAAAUCACCGAUUGCCUUUCCCUUCACAGCAUCAAGAAUCAUGAUUGGCACAUUCAAGCCUGCUGUGCCCUCACAGGAGACGGACUGUAUGACGGUCUAGGGUGGAUCGCUCAACGGGUUACUGGGAAAACACCAAGUUGAAUAAGGAGCGGUAGAAAUCAGGAAAAAAUAACAUUCAUCUGUCCAUUCAUUCAUGGGUUUGAAGGAUGAGUGAAUAUAAACGUUCGUGUACCAACUAAACUGUAUGAGAGCUCCUUCCAAUCAAAUUUGUAGAUUGUUUUCAGUUUUGAUUGGUCUUAUAAAAUAUUGUAUUCUACACAAUAGAUUUCAGGAAACACAAUUGUCAUAUGGAACCAUGGCGUAUGAGAUUCUCAUGUUUUGUGUGAUAAAGCAUACUAUUAAAACA